AUGCAACCAUCAAUUUCUGAACCAUCGUGUAGUAAUAUUAUAAAACUUACUAACAUAAUUAAUAUCCCCAAAGAUGAAAUGCUUGACAUGAAAUGCUCAAAUAAUGAAUCUACACAAGAUCUUAACGUUAAUAUACAGCCUUCCAAUCCUUCAUCAAUUGAAUUUGAUAAAAGUAAUAUAGUUGAUUUUGGAAAUGAUAUUGUUCCCAAUGAUUCUCUACAUGAAGAUAAAGUAGCACAGCAUUCGGAAUCAGACUUAGAUGAUAACUUUCUCAUAUACAUACCUUCAAACUAUUUCAAAGCACUUUCUCAUAAUUCUUCGUUGGCUGAAAAACUACGUUUUAUGUCAAAUCAUCCCAUACAGCCACAGUAUGAUCAACUACCAUUUAACGCAUAUAAAAUAUAUUUUCGUCCAUUAUCUAAUACUGAUAACACUCAAAUUCCUAGAAAUUGGUUAUUAUUUUAUAGGAAAAAUGAAAAGCUUUCUUGUGCCGUUAAAUAA